AGUAUUCGUUCUUUACUAACUGCUACAACCACUCUACUCAAUUAACUUAAACUCUAUCUUGAUGCGGACGUCUGCCUACAAAAGCCCGGCUUGGCCGAAUAGGACGGCAGCUUUCUUGUCGCUCUGUUCUUACACUGGAUUAACCUGACAUCUCUUGGCUUUUCUUAAAGAAAAGGUGGCGGAGGAGGAAGAAGAUAGAUAGAACGACCACCGCUGCACUACAUUCACAUCAUAACACCAUAUAUACAUACAUUACACCACACACAUUCACUUAACCAGCUGUAGUCUAUCAAAUAUUAUUAGCAAGACACACACUGUAGAAACGUACCAUAGAUUUAAGGAAAGUAAAACGCAAACAUAUAAUUUUAGCUUAAUAUAGAUUACAAAACAUAUUCAAACAGUAUUAUAAGGUAUAUAUAUUGCAUAUCUAUUUUCCGCAGCUCAGCUUACAUGUAUGAAUGCGAUAUACAGACAUCUAUAACGUGUAUAGAGAAAUAUGAAGUUCUAGCAGUAAAAACACAUCAGUUACAUCAAUGAACGAUCUCUGCAUAUCGAAUUUAGAUUAAAUAUAUAAGGUUCGAACAUAACACGCAUCUGUGUUUAUAUUUAUAUACUGUCAUAUAGAUAUAUGGUAUACAAAUAUACAUAGCCGUAUAAUAUUUAAAUACAUAGCAUAUACUCAUAGAAAUAUAAACACACGCUUGUGUGGAUAUCUAAUAUAUAUAUAUAUAUAUACAUAUAGUCUUGUUUCUGUCUAUAUAUGUGUCUGUGUGGCGAAACUACCAACUAUAGACUAUACAAGAAGAAGAAGAAAAAAGCGAGAACACAAUUCGGGAUGUCAAAUGAAACGGUUUAAUUAAAUUAGACCACAAAGUCGGACCGCUAUCUGUGUAAGUUAGUGAGAAACCGAAACUGAAUAUAUAUAUUGAAGGGGUGCGAGAGACAGACAGACAGAUAGACACCCGGAUAGAUUAGGAACAGUGAAAGAUUAUCAGUCACCACCACAACAUACAGAUUAGUCGGUGAAACUUGUGAUCAUGAUUCUACAACAGCUAUCUGAUGAGCCACCCCUGGUGCAAGCCUGUUUUCACAAGAACCUCGACGAAGUCCGAACUCUCUUGCAGCAAAAGACUGAAGUUAAUUUCCAGGAUGCCGAGAAAAGAAGUCCGCUCCAUGCUGCAGCUUUCUGCGGUGACCCAGAAAUCACCGAGCUAUUGCUCCAGAAUGGGGCACGUGUCAACACAAAGGACAAUCGAUGGCUAACUCCUCUUCACAGAGCUUGCUGUUCGAAAAAUGAUGACGUCGUCGAGUGUCUUCUUCGACAUCAGGCUGAUGUUAAUGCGCGAGAUAAAAAUUGGCAGACUCCUCUGCACGUUGCAGCUGCAAACAAUGCCGUAAAAUGUGCAGAAUACUUGAUUCCCAUGUUAACCAAUGUAAAUGUGUCUGAUCGUGCAGGGCGCACAAGUUUGCACCAUGCCGCAUUCAACGGACACAUAAAGAUGUUGCAGCUACUGCUUGAGAAAGGUGCAACAAUAAAUGCUUUCGACAAGAAGGACCGGAGAGCCAUCCACUGGGCAGCGUACAUGGGACAUGUGGACAUGGUGCAGAUGUUAGUAGAACACAAUGCUGAGAUCAACUGUCGCGACAAACUGAUGUACACUCCACUCCACACGAGCUGUGCAAAUGGGCAGGAAAAUGUCGUCAAGUUGCUCUUGGAAUUGGGUGUAGAGGUAGAUGCUGUGAAUGUCUAUGGCAAUACUCCGCUUCAUGUCGCCUCUCUCAAUGGCAAGGAUCUGGCGGUACGAGAGUUGAUUCUCUACAAUGCAAACAUCAAUUCUGUGAACCACAGAGGCAUGACUCCUUUACACUACGCUGCUGCAUCAACCCAUGGUGGUAUGUGUCUUGAACUCCUCAUUAAGGCAGGUUCUGAUCCCAAAGUCCAGUGCCAAGAUGGCCGUACCCCUCUUCAUAUGACUGCCCUUCAUGGCAGAUUUACUCGGGCACAGACCUUAAUUGAGUAUGGUUGCGAGAUAGAUGCGUGUGAUAAAUACGGUAACACUCCACUGCACAUUGCUGCACGAUAUGGUCAUGAGCUGAUGAUUAAUACAUUACUGGAAAAUGGAGCUAAUUCUUACAUGCCUGGCUGUAAUGGUAUGGUCCCUAUACAUGUAGCUGCCCUCAAUGGUUAUGUGGACUGUGUGAAGAAAUUGUUUAAUCACAUGGCUGACUUCGAUAUCAAUAUGCCAGAUGAUUGCGGCCGGACUUGUCUACAUGCUGCUGCUGUUAGCGGUAAUGUUGACUGUGUUGAGUUGUUGCUGUCAUACGGUGCCAAUGAAAUGACUUUGGACAAUGAAGGCAGGACGGCUCUCCAUUAUGCUGCAGCACAUGUUCACCAACAGUGUGUGAUGGCUCUUAUUAAUGCAGGCGUUGAUAUCAACCUCCAAGAUAAGCAAGGUUGCACAGCCCUACAUUUUGCUUCUGCUGCUGAUGUUGAUGCCAAAGUUGUGGAACUACUAUUGAAAUAUGAAGCCAAGCCUGGUCUACGGGACCGCAAUGGUUACAACGCUGUACACUACGCGGCACUAAAGGGCCACAAACUUGCUCUGGAAAUGAUCACAUGGACGAUUUGGCAUCUUAAAACUGACAGUUAUCAUUUUGACCCUACUCAACCCACCCGGAUCGAGAACAUACAUUUUAUAUUGCAGAUUCUAGACUCAGCUGCUACAGACCUUCUUCGAACUGGAGCUCCAUAUUCACCUCUUCAUCUGGCAGCCUACAAUGGUCAUGAACAGGCAUUGAAUGUUCUGCUGGGUUACAUAAUUAACCUCGACAUCUGUGAUAUGAAUGGUCGCACCAUGUUAGAUCUGGCGUGUUUUCGGGGUCAUACGGAAUGUGUAAAUAUUUUAUUACAAAACCGAGCUGGAAUAGCGGUCCACGAUUCAGUGAUUGGCAGGACCCCCCUUCACAGUGCAGCAUACAAUGGCCACACGGAAUGUCUACGGGUACUGCUACAUGCUGCAGAGGAUAGUUGCAUAGUCGAUUGUACAGAUGACAACGAAAGAACACCGUUGAUGUUAGCUGUUGCCAAUGGCCACGUAGAUGCUGUGUUAAAUCUCAUCACAUCAGGUGCUAUAGUAAACAACAAAGACAUCCAUGGACGGACGGCGUUACACAGAGGGGCAGCUAACGGUCACGAGGAAUGUGUUGAUGCAUUACUGCACAAUGGUGCAGAAAUCACUGCCAAAGACAUCAAAGGACGCACACCUCUUCAUUUUGCUGCCAUGUGUGGACAUGUGGGCAUCCUAGGUACAUUAUUACAGAUUGGAAUUAUGGGAGACCAAGAAGACAAUAAAGGUUUCACACCACUCCAUUGGGCCUGCUACAAUGGACAUGACAGUUGUAUAGAACUUCUACUUGAACAUAAGAUGACACAGAGUAAAACCUUAUUUACUCCCCUUCAUUGUGCUGUCAUAAAUGGUAAUGAAUCUUGUGUGGAAAUUUUGAUAGAAAAGUUGGGAGACGACAUUGUGAAAGCGACAGAUUCCAAGGGCAGAACACCGUUACAUGCGGCUGCGUUUGGUAACCAUUAUGAAUGCAUGCAGAUAUUGUUGAACCACGGUGCUGAUUGCAACUGUUCUGAUCGGAUGGGACGGACACCGAUAACACUAGCUGCAGCCAACGGUCACUCAACGGUAGUAGAACUGCUGUUGGAAAACGGUGCUGAUCUGUCUUUGGUGGACGAUGACAAAAAUACCCCCCUCCACCAUGCUUGUAUAAAUCACCAUGCCCAUGUUGCUAUGCAACUGUUAAAGAAAAUAAAUGACUCCACGACUGUAAAUAUUGCCAACUCUGAACUGAAGAUACCUUUACACAUUGCUGCCCGGAAUGGGUUAGUGGCCAUUGUUAGAGAAUUACUAUUGAAAGGUUCCAGUGUGAUGGCAUUAGAUGAAAGUGGUUACACCCCAGCUUUGGCCUGUGCUCCAAACAGCCAGGUGGCAGACUGUCUCUCCAUUAUCCUCAACCACAUGAUGCCUUUCCACAACAAUUCCACUUACAGAAUCAACCGUUCCAGUCUAGAGAAUUCACCCUCCGGUGAUGAUGAUGAUGACGUUGAUGAUGAUGAUGAACAUCUGAAACCAAUUGCUUCCAAGGACUGCUGGUAGCGCCGACAGCCUUGGAGAGAUGCUAAAUGAUGGACGAGAUCAAUCCUACCAAAGUUCGGACUCUGAGUUCUACUGACCAAUCAUUUCUUUUUUUUUUUUCUUCUAAAUCUGCAAUUUUUUUCCUGAAGUGGGUGGGGUGGGGGUCUCAUUUUUUUCUCUUUUUAUUUUUAUUUUUUUUAUUAAAAAUCUACUCUUUGUGUUCAUCUCAACACCAACAAUAACA